AUGGGGCUGUGCAGCCAGAGUCAGGCCAACUCGAGUCGCGACGGCGGCAACACCAUCUCGCUGAGUGAGGAGCUGAGUCACUGCGGCGCCAAAGGUGUAGUGGUGACAACAGACCUCAUCACUGGCACAAUGGUUGAGAGCCUUUCAAAGCUGACUGUGAUUACAGAAAGCGAUGUUGAUACCGGAAGACUGCUGAAGUAUGGUGUACACAGUCUGGUUUCCGUCGAGCUGCGCAACUGA